AGAGAGAGAGAGAGAGAGACGGGACUUAACGCUCAGUAACAUAGCGGUGCAUGCGUAAGGAACUCAUUCAGGCGAAGCGGCGCCCAGGGCUUAAAUGAGCUUCGUUUAGUCGCGUCUCUCAGUUCCGCCCCCCGCUGAGCGUCCCACCCAUGCGUCUGUUGGACGCCUCGCACUCGUCAGAGAAGCUGGACCGUUCAUUUACUACCACGAGCUGUCGACGGCGCGGUGGCUGAUGGAUACGUUGGUUUGAUUGGAAUCGGAUGGUCUUCUUUUGGUCGGCGAGGCUUUUGUCUACUGAUGGAAUUAUUCGCAUCGGAGGAUAGUUGGAUUUUGUGAAGCUCGUCGGAUCCGUACAGAGAUGAGCAGAUAAGAAGGUCCAACGUCGAGGUUUCAUCUGGUGCUUAUUAGCGCACCGCGCGGUAGAGGAGAUGCUCAGAGCGUGGAUUCUGGUCCUCAUCGCAGAGGAGAGCUUCGCUCUGGCCCAGAGAAGCAAAGAGGACCCUAUGAACCACGGGGGUCAGAGCCCGGCGCAGAACGCUUGCGGGCCAUGGGUCCGCAACAUCAACGGGGGGGUGUUCGCCUCGCCCAACUACCCCAACACCUACCCCCCCAACAAGGAGUGUGUCUACAUCCUGGAAGCCCUUCCCAGGCAGAGGGUGCAGCUGGCCUUCGAUAAGAGCUACUACAUCGAGCCAUCCUUUGAGUGCCGCUUCGACCACAUCGAGAUCCGUGACGGGCCCUUCGGCUUCUCGCCGCUGAUCAGCCGGUUCUGCGGGGGGAAGAACCCGGGCCUGGUGACCUCCACCGGCCGCUUCAUGUGGAUCAAGUUCACCAGCGACGAGGAGCUGGAGGGGCUGGGCUUCAGGAGCAAGUACACCUUCAUCGCUGACCCAGACUUCCACCUGCACGUGGGGGGCCUUCUGAACCCCAUCCCAGAGUGCCAGUUUGAGAUGGCCGGCUCUGACGGGGUGAUUCGGUCCAGUCAGGUGGAGGAGCAGGACCAGGUGAAGCCAGGAGAGGCUCUGGACUGCAUCUGGAUCAUCAGAGCUCCACCCCAGUCUAAGAUCUACCUGCGCUUCAUGGAGUACCAGAUGGAGCACUCCAACGAGUGCAAGAAGAACUUUGUGGCAGUGUACGACGGCAGUAGCGCCAUCGAGAACCUCAAGGCCAAGUUCUGCAGCACGGUGGCCAACGACGUGAUGCUGGACAGCGGCGUGGGCGUGGUCCGCAUGUGGGCCGACGAGAAGAGCCGGCUCAGCCGCUUCCGCAUGCUCUUCACCUCCUUCGUCGACCCUCCGUGCUCAGCAAACACGUUCUUCUGCCACAGCAACAUGUGCAUCAACAACUCAUUGGUGUGUAAUGGGGUUCAGAACUGUGUCUACCCCUGGGAUGAGAACCACUGCAAAGAAAAGCGCUACAAGGGGCUGUUCCACCAGAUCACCCGGACCCACGGCACUGUCAUCGGGGUCUCCUCGGGCGUGGUUCUGGUUCUCCUCAUCAUCUCCAUCUUCGUCCAGAUGAAGCAGCCCAGGAAAAAGGUGGUGGCACGGCGGCCUGGCGUCUUCAACAAGGCAGGCUUUCAGGAGGUGUUCGACCCGCCCCACUACGAGCUCUUCUCCCUGCGAGACAAGGAGGUGUCCUCCGACCUGGCGGACCUCUCUGAGGAGCUGGACAGCUUCCAGAAGCUGCGGCGCUCGUCCACGCUGUCGCGCUGCGUCCACGAGCACCACUGCGGCUCGCAGGCCUCGGUGGUUACAGGGGGCAGCUGUGGAGGUGGAGGUGGAGGUGGAGCUGGAGGUGGAGGUGGAGGUGGAGGUGGUGGUGGUGGAGCUGGAGGUGGAGGUGGUGCUGGCGGGGCUGGUGGGGCUGGUGGAGGCAGCAGCAGUGGCAGCAUGAAGCACAGCCGCACCACCCUGAGCUCCAUGGAGCUGUCGUACCACAACGACUUCUCCAAGCCUCCGCCCAUGAAGACCUUUAACUCCACCUCCAGCUACAAGAAGGGUUGCUACGGCUACAAGCAGCACCCCCAGACUCAUGGGUGUGACCAACAGGCGGAGGACCGCGUCCUGGAGGAGAUCCCCUGUGAGAUCUACGUACGAGGGGGGGGAGGAGGGGGGGGUACCGGAGGGGGAGGCAUCGGGGGAGGGGUCGGCCUGGCGGGAGGAGUGAGGGGUAUGGGUGGGGGCAUGGGAGGGGGUAUGGCUGGGGGCCUGGGAGGGGGUAUGGGUGUGGGCCUGGGAGGGGGUAUGGGUGGGGGCAUGGGAGGGGGUAUUUCUGGGGGCAUGGGAGGGGGUAUGGGUGGGGGCAUGGGAGGGGGCUGUGGGACCCUCAGUCUCCGUGGCAACAGCACCCGCAACAGCACCAAUGUGGUGGACCAGCAGCGUACGAUGUCCAUGGACUUCUAGGUGGACCAGGAGGGAGGAGUCAGGAAGAGGUCUUCAGGGGGGGAGGAGUCAGACAGGGGGGGAGGAG